AUGCCGGGCGGAGAGCCGAAGCGCGCGGAGGCGGUGGGCGGUCCGCGCAGGCGCGCCGUUGCCAAGGCGACGACACGUAGGCGGCGCUCUGUGUGCCGGAGUGCGCACGUGGCGCGCCUGUGUGCGCGCCCGUACGCCCCGGCCGCCGGUGCCACCGCGGCCCCGGGUUCGAGCCCUGACUGGCACACGUUGGACGUUUACGUUACACCGCUAUAUCGAAGGGCUUUGUUCUGUAUGCUGUGGCUACGGUGUGACGUCACGACGCCAGAAGAGCGGACGCGCCGUGCACCGCAUUCCGCGCACACGCGCACACUCGCGUACACCCGCGUGCACACGCGCACACACGCGCACGCACACACGCCCACCGACGCACACGCGCACCCGGCCCCUCCGCCGCCCAACACCCGGCCUACCUACCGCACUCUACGCACAGCGCUCCGUCGGGACCUGAAAAGGAAUUUCACGGGGCGUCCUUUCUUCCGCGCGAACCUUCGGCUG